AGGUUCUUCUCGGGGCUUGGAAGACUUGCCAGCGAGGGCAGGGAGGAGGAGGAAUAACGGGUCUAUGGGCGUGGCGAGGAAGAGGUCGGCGGAGGAGGUGAUAUAGCCUUCUGACGGUGUAUAUUCGUUUCCUUCGUCUUUCUCAGCGGCCUUGUUUUCCCCAUUGCCCGUGGUUUGAGAACCUUCAUUGGCGCAUUCCUCCUCGUUAGGAGCGAGCAGCCAACUUCGAGGUUGGGAUUUCGGGGCGGCAAUUUUUGUGAACUCAAAGAACCCCUUUUCAGGGCAGAUAAAGUAUCGUGUCGGUUCGGAAGUUCUGGGAUGGGCUAAUGUAGCAAUUCGAGCUGUAGGGCUGGUGUCCUUGGGGAGGACGAAGAGUUUGGGCGGGUUCUUGGAGUCGGGUCGUACUGGCUUCUUCUGUGUGGUCGCGGAUGUUGCGCCGGGCCCAGUAUUGGGUGCUGGCCCCUUCGCCUUUGCUUUUGAUCUGGUCGUACUGGGCGCCAUUGCCUCUGUCGCUCAACAAUGGGUGCUGUAGGUUCUGUUGAUGCCGAAGUCUCGAACAGCCGUUCUCGUUGAUACAUGCCGAUAACGAUAAGAGACGCGACUCAAACGCGUCAAUUCCCGCGCAACUUUCGCGACCCCCAAGAAGGAACGAAGAACAACAGCAAAUUACAAGUUGAAACCCGCCGUUGACGAACCGCUGGCGGGAUAUAAUAUUUACUUCGCAGAGGUCCGGAGUUGUCCAAGCUACAUCCGUAUUUUAUAUUUUGAGUGUAUUUUUUGGAGCAGAGUUUAUACAACUUUCAGCAUCACUUGAAUGACAAUUGAUUUUUAUUAUACCCCGAUCCCUGCGUAACAAAAACAACAACACCCCAUUAGCAUGGUGCGACCCCUCAGUGAUCCGAAUAUACAUUGAUGGAGGGAAGGAUUCGGCGAUAUGUCUCAACGUAUGGCUCUCUGUUCCCAUCCCGGCGGCGGGAAUUAUUUACAUGUACUAAUACCUACCAGCAACGGCGGAUAUACCACAUUGGCCGCCGAGGUCUCCAAUGGAUGCGCUCAAGAGCACCCCAGGUGGGCGAGAACGCCUUCGCCGGCUUGGGGAACGAACAUCACCUUCGCCGUCCCCUUCGAAACGAGAUAAACAAACUCCUUCACGAAACCGACAAUAUGGCGCAGCAGCCCUUGCGACGGCGUCAGGUGACUUAAACGACAGCGACGACGAAGAGGAGGACGAGGAGACGUUGCAGCUGAAAUUGCAAGAGAUACAAGCGCGACUAAAGCUUAAGAAACUACAGAAAGCGAAAGCUGGGGGUGGGGAUGCCAUCGUGGCGGCUAUACCGAGGUCUGGGACGGUUCCUAAUUUACGAGCGAAUUCCUCAGCAGCAGUCCACGGACGAUCGAAUAUAUCUGGACUCCGUGAAGAGAGGAAGGAGAGGGCCAGGUCUCAAGCUAGCAUCCAUGUGCCGGUAUCGCCGGUCCGAAAACUCCAAGCACCGGAGCCUACAAGGUCGCCUAGUAGGGUGCUUCUGGGAAUCGACAAAGGGCUUAGAGGCUGCGAUGUAUCCUUGAAGAGGCCGCCGCCUAGUCUCCGCAAACCGGCGGAUGCGUUAAUGGAGAAUGUAAAGCGUGCUGGUGGCUAUUUACGGGGAUCCAAGUCACCUAUGGCCAACCAAGAUCCGUUUGCUCCGGUGCCUUCAACGUCGCAAUCUCAGAGCAGGCCUGCCACUUCCUUCAGUGAGCGUAUGGCCAAAGUUAGAGAUCAAGAAACCACACAAAAAGAAACAGAUGCAAGGCUCAAGAGGCUCCGGAGUAGGGCCUUUGAUAUCGAUGCGAGGCAAAUGGAAGACUUUAAGUCUGCCGCAGUUCCGUUGCCAGAAGUACGACCACAAGUGCCAGAGUUUAGCAGAGACCAAGUGUUGAACGGGUUGCAAGGCCCUGGCGGUGGCACAUUACACAAAAGUAAAAGCACAGGCUACCUGAAUUCGGCGUCAAGGAAUGUUGGUGGAUCGACCGCUUCGACACUUGCACAGUCCACAGACUCUCAGCCUUCUUCUCAACUUGGGCCUAAAUCUUCUGCCUCGUCAAUCCAGUCUAUACCCAGCGGCUCACAAACCGAUCCGGUUGAAUUUGAGUCAUUUUCCUCCCUCCACUUGUCAAAACGGAUCAUUCCCCAUAACGUCGUUUCUCGAACGUUAGCGGGCAAGAAAAUAUUUACACUUCCUGAUCUCCUUCGAGAGGUCAAAGCGCCAGAUUUUCGAUUGCCUGAGAUAGAGGAAGACAUUGUCGUUCUCGCCGUCCUUGCUUCGAAAUCCGAUCCCAAGCCUCAGAAAAAUGGAGCUACCAAAGGCCAGAAAUUCAUGAUCCAGUGUCUCUGCGAUCUGAAGUGGGAGGUGGAUCUGUUCCUCUUUGAUACAGGCUUCCAAAAAUACUGGAAACUCACCACGGGUACAGUGGUCGCCAUCCUCAACCCGACCAUCAUGAAGCCCGUGAAGACAGACACAGGACGGUUUAGUCUGGUCAUCAACUCGAGUGACGACACAAUCUUAGAAAUUGGCACAGCACGAGAUCUGGGAUACUGCAAGUCGAUCAAGAAAGACGGCAAUGCUUGCAGCACCUGGGUUGACAAACGUCGCACAGAGUACUGCGAAUAUCAUGUUAAUGAAACUCUCAAAAGGACUAAAGCCUCCCGAAUGGAGGUGAGCACCAUGGAUUUCGACUCUAAAGCUGGUAAGAGGGGUGGUCGCCGCAAUAACGACAUAUAUAAUCACGCAGAACGUCGAUCGGAGCUGCUGAAGAAAAACCAAGGUGUUGCAUAUGAUAGAGGUACUCAGUCAACAAUGUAUGUACAUAGGGGAGACGUUCGUUUCGAAGGAGAAGCCGGGGAGAAAAUGCAAAAAGCACAGAGAAUGAGGCAAAGAUUGGCAGAGAAGGAGAAGGAGCGUGAUUUGCAAAGGCAAUUGGCAGAUUUGGGCGGCGGGUUAGGCGCAGAGUAUAUGCGUGUUGGAUCCGGCUCCCAGCAAUCGCAACGGCAGGAGAGCGAAGCUGAUCUGUGGCAGCCAGAGGCUCGCCCUGACGCGAAACAGCUUGGGCUUCUAGGCGGGAAGGCUAGCGACAUGAGUCUCGGCCCGGUAAAGCGGAAGAGGACAGGGAUUGAUUCUACAAGUUCUAGUGCCCCAGCAAUGGGGUGGGGAGGGCAUCUUACGAAAGAGCUGGGACGGAUGAAGGAUGGGGAGAGAUUGCAGCCUGUGAAGAAGAAGACGCGUUUUGUUACUGCGAAGGGGAUCAGGGAAGCUGGGAGGGAGAGCUUUGGUGGCGAUGCGGCGAAAGUUCUGUUCGAUGAUAAUGAUGACGACGAUGAUGAUCUCGAAAUUAUCAAGUAGCGAGCGUUGUGCUUGAGUUAGAUAGAAAUUCUAAUCGAGGAAACUCUUUCUUGAUUGUCCGCGUGCGGCUUCAAAUAACUGCCCC